AUUCGUAGGUAAUGGCGGACGCUUCGUCCCUGGGUUGCUGUAAAGGCUGUUCCUCUCCUAGCUGUGCGUGCGACGCUAAAAGCAAGUGCAGCGACUCCUCGCUGUUGGGCCGGCGGCUCUCAGAGGACUCGAACCGCCAUCUGCUGCUGCAGAAGUGGGCGAGCAUGUGGAGCUCCGUGAGCGGGGACGAGCGGGCGGCGUGCGCGGAGGAGACGCGGCGCGAGGAGGCGGCGGAUGAGGAGGAGGAGAGGCCGCUGGUGUUCCUGUGUUCCCGCUGCCGGCGGCCGCUGGGCGACUCGCUGAGCUGGGUGACAAGCCAGGAGGACACCAACUGCAUCCUGCUGCGCUGUGUUUCCUGUAAUGUUUCUGUGGAUGAGGAGCAGAAGCUUUCCAAACGUAAAAAUGAAGAUGGUUGCAUUCUUGAAACUUUAUACUGCACUGGAUGCUCACUCAAUCUUGGCUACAUAUACAAAUGUACACCAAAGAAUCUUGAUUUUAAGAGAGACUUGUUUUGCCUCAGUGUUGAAGCCAUUGAAAGUUAUAUUUUAGGGUCCUCUGAAAAGCAAAUUGUAUCAGAUGAUAAAGAGCUUUUUAAUCUUGAAAGCAGAGUUGAGAUAGAAAAAUCUCUAAAGCAGAUGGACGAUGUUUUGAAAGCAUUACAAACGAAGCUGUGGGAAAUGGAAUCAAAAUUAUCCCCUAGUAGUUGCAAAAGCUGAAAUCUUUUUCAUCACUCCCAUUCCGGAGUCCACCCCCCCCCCCCAUUCAUGUGUAGCAAUUCUUGUUAUCAUCUCAUUUUCACUGAGAAUUAAAGGACUUCUAAAUGGC